GAAUGGCUGAGACUGAAGUACCUAAAUAUCAAUUAGAAGAUAUUCUAAACAAAGCUAAAGCUCCGCCACAGAUUCUAGAUCUACAGGGAGUAAAAAUCAGUACAGAAGAAGAAUAUAGAAAAAUAAUGGAAAAAAUACCGGAGUAUAAAGUCAAGCCAGAGAAGGUUGCAGAAAGUACAGACCAGAUCAGUGCCUUAGCUUCAAAACUCAAACUUCUAUUCUCGACUAAACUUCAGAUUAAACAAGAGCUUAAAUCAGUGGCUCAACUAGAAACUAACCCCCAAGCUAAUUCGGAGGCUACACCAGAAACUAAAGUUGAUUCUACUGAACCGGAAGUUAAUAUUCCUAAACCGGAACUGAUACCGGAAACUAAUGCAGCGACACGGCAAUGGUUUGAAAAGAAACAGGAACCUAUUUUUGAAGAAGAAACAAGCAAAAGAAAAAUGGUGACUCCAGGCAUGGAAAAUCUAAUUCUAAAUAUUUGUGUACCCUUACAUAUCCGUAAGAGUCUCUAUAAGUUAUAGUUUCUAUUAAUCUUGUGGAAAAAGGGAAUAUUGAACUUAAAAAAGAAUAUCAAAUGCACCCAUAUUAAAAAAGCUACAAAAAAUAGGAUAAUGCAAAGGUUUAUGUCCUAAUGGCGCUUUAAGGUUUUCAAUAAUAUUAAUUUUAACAGGUUACAUGAAAAUUAAGCUCAGGAAAUAAUCCCUAGGGACAGUUUAUGAACAUAAUAUUCUGCUUAA